GGGCGGCGCGGCGGUCGCUUCGAGCGCGCUCGUCGGCUCCCCGAAGAGAGAGCGCGGACGGCUGGGCGCCGGCGGCCACUUUUUCGCCUUCCCGGGGAGAUGUCCUUUGCUUCCCAGAUGUAAUGCACCUUAAGUUAAUUCAAGAGUGAAAAUGAGUCAUACAGAGGUUAAAUUGAAAAUACCUUUUGGAAAUAAAUUACUGGAUGCUGUCUGCUUGGUACCUAACAAAAGCUUAGCAUAUGGGAUAAUUCUUACACAUGGGGCAUCGGGAGAUAUGAAUCUUCCCCAUUUGAUGUCACUAUCAUCUCAUCUUGCAACUCACGGAUUUUUUUGCCUGAGAUUUACCUGUAAAGGCCUUAAUAUUGUACAUAGAAUUAAAGCAUAUAAAGCAGUUUUGAAUUACCUAAAGACCUCAGGAGAAUACAAACUUGCAGGUGUAUUCUUGGGAGGUCGUUCAAUGGGCUCACGAGCAGCUGCCUCUGUAAUGUGUCAUAUUGAGCCAGAAGAUGGUAAUGAUUUUGUUAGAGGUCUCAUUUGUAUUUCCUACCCACUACACCAUCCGAAGCAGCAGCAAAAACUCAGAGAUGAAGAUCUCUUUCGUUUAAAAGAUCCCGUACUCUUUGUGUCAGGCUCCGCAGAUGAAAUGUGUGAAAAGAAUCUGUUGGAGAAAGUGGCACAGAAAAUGAAAGCUCCCAACAAAAUCCACUGGAUUGAGAAGGCGAAUCAUUCCAUGGCGGUGAAGGGACGGUCAACAAAUGAUGUUUUCAAAGAAAUAAAUACACAGAUUUUGUUUUGGAUCCAAGAAAUCACUGGAAUGGACAAGAAAUGAUUGUCCUCAGCUGAAAGCUAUGAAAGUACAAAUUUGAGUACAGAUAUUGUUCUUUAUCAAAGACCAGUAUACCUCUCAGCAUUAUGGUGAGACAUAUUUCAGACUAUUGUUGUUUAAUGUUGCCCUAUUUUUGAAACACAUUUUAAUUGUGAAAUAUCCUUUACAAAAUGUCUUUUGAAAGCACUGUUAUAGUUGUAUGAAGAUGAUGUACAAUAUUGAAGGUGGUCUAAAUAUAAUUUAUUUUCUUUAGUAUAGUUAAGUUUUGGAAAAAAAUUAAACAUUUGAAUUUUGUUACAAUGGUGUUUUUGUCUUAUUGAAAUGGAACAGAGAAAGUACUCAAUUUUGAAUAUGUCAUCUUUAAAAAAAGAGAGAGAAAUGGCAGUUGCUGGUAGCUCACGCCUAUAGUCCUGGCUACUCAGGAGGCUGAGAUCUGAGGAUUGUGGUUUGAAGUUAGCCUGCGCAGGGAAGUCCAUCAGAUUCUUAGCUUCAAUUAGCCACCAAAUCCAAAAAGGCUAGAAGUGGAACUGUGUCUUGGGUAGUAGGUGAAACACUAGCCUUAGUGAAAAAGCUGUGGGACAGCACCCAGACCCUGAAUUCAAGUAUCACUACUGCAUAGGUGUGUGCAUGCGCGCACACACACACAGAACAUACAUAAUUCCAGUGGAUUUAUGAAGUCACUAACCAUGCUUUGUAGUUAGAGUGGUUAAAUUUAGAAAAUUAAUCUAUAAGCGUAAUAUGGGUGACCACUCAAAGAUAAUCCUUCUAAUACAGGGAUGGAGAUAGCCAUUUAACAGUUGACUUAGCCCUGAAUGAUGCAUAAACUACAUUCUUUUCAUAUGCUAGCUUGCUAUUACACGAUUCCCUAAUCAUGGUUAGGGAACAUAUAACUGAGGAAGAUACAUGCCAUAUUUCUGAGGCUGCAGCGAACAUUCCAGAAAAGACUUCAUCCGCUGUCCUGCAGAUUGGCCACAUCUUGCAGGAAAUCAUUAAGCCCUUUCAGGUUUGAGCUCACUGUUAAAAGAGCUACUCUAUCGCCUCAGCUGGGAAGAGGUUAGUCACCACCACUCACGUAGACCAGUAUUGCUUAUCUGAGGCAUCACUGUACCUACCACUGGGCAUUUGGCAAUGUCUAGAAACUUUAUCACGACUGGUGUGGAGAAUUCUGUGGUAUCCCCUAAAAAGAAAAGGAUAUUGUAAACACUAUAGUUAGAUGGAAGUAUACACUGUGCCAGUGUGGAAGAACUUGGUUUUCAACCAGUUUGUAUAUAAAUCCAUUUUCUCUCCCUUACAGUUGCUAAAUUUUGCACUGAAAUGUCUAAAAGCCUGUCUCCUUAAUGUCUGCCCUGCCAUCACCCUAAUUCAGGCCAUUAUCAAUUCUUAUUUGUAUGAACUAUAGUAGUCUAUUUGAUUUUCCAUAUUUUGUUGUCUCCUUACUUUGAUAAACCAAUUGCUGUUUUCAAACCAGAAACUUGAUGAGAAACAGGGUCUGUGUGAUGAUGUACACACAUGUAGUGCCAGCAGGUGAAGGCAGGAGUAUCUUGUGUUUGAAGCCAACCUUGAACUAUAAGGGAGACUAUCAAGAUUUUAGCCUUUCCUCAUUAUACAGUUUCAUUAAAAAGACAGUCUGCUUCUUUCUGAGACUUUCUUCUCUUAUCAAAUCCUGCUCACCCUUUAAAGAAUACAUACAUAGUGACCCCUCGCCAAUCAAGGGAGUAACACUCCAGAGACCCCCACAAUUGGUGAAAAUCCGCAAAGUAACAAUAUGUGAACUGCAUAUAGUGAAAGACGACUAUCUAAACGCUCUGCUUCUCGGAUUUUUCCCUAUCAGGGUUCCCUGGAACAAAACUCCCACAAGAGGUGAGGGGUCACUGUAUUUUUUCCCCUCUUUAAUCAGUCCCACUGCCUUCUCAUUAAGCAUUGUUAGGUUUUAUAUGAUCCCAUUUGUCUUAGAAACUCCGUGAAGUAAUACAUUUUCAUCUUUAAAGAACUUCUUUGUUCAGUGCCUUCCACACUUAUGAAUUAAGACAUUUAUAGCAGUAUUUCUAACUUAUGAACAGUCUUUGAUUUUAUGCUUGUAUUUUAUAUACCUGUUACUCAGACUUUGUCCUAUUAAAGAACAAAAAUUCUACAA